CCGCAUCCGCUUUGUCCCUGGUCGCCGCGCGCCGCCGAGUCUUGAUGGCGGAGCCUUCGCCCCUGCGGAAGAGGGGGGCCCGGGGCGGCCAGGAGCCCCAGCCACGCGAAGCCCCGCAGGGGGCGCCCGUUGAGCCUUCAAGCACAGAGAAGAAAGAGAAACCUCUUCCCAGAUUAAAUAUUCACUCGGCAUUCUGGAUAUUGACAUCAAUAGUUACUACAUACUACGUUGAAUUCUUUAAAACUAUUAAAGAGAUUAUUCAACAAGAAAGGUAUGUUUUUCUGCUUGGCAGCUGUUUAUUGGUUGUCAGCUUGUCUGUGGCCUUUUAUUGCAUUGUAUAUCUUGAAUGGUAUCAUGGAAUUGAGGAUUACGAUACUAGCUACCCUGCACUAAUACCAAUCACAACUGCGUGCUUUAUUGCUGCAGCAGUUUGUUUUAAUAUUUCCUUAUGGCCUGUAUGGUCUUUUCUGACACCUCUGAUCCUCUUCGUCCAGUUUAUGGGAAUCGUGAUGCUUGUAUCACUCCUGGGCUAAGCCUCUUUGGAUCUAUGUCAGUGCCUUUCUGCUAAGAUGUUUACCAGAAUUGAUCAGCAUCUACCUUCAGUAAUGCAUACGCUUUUGAGUAUGUGGCUUAAAGUUCCCUUUGGUGAGCUUGGAUGGAGCAGCUCCAUGAGAUGUGAACUUCAGCAUGCAAUGGAGAUCGGAACAAGAACCUGCAUUGAUUUCUUUGGUGUGCAUGUGUGUUACAGACACUGUGGAAUCAUGUAUGGAGCUACCUUCAAAAUGAAGUGAACUGAGGGGUGUGCACACACACACACUUGAAGAACUUUACUUUCUCUGUAUGGAAUGUUGGGUCCAAAUAAUUAUAUUUAACUACUACAUUUAUAAAUUGCAGAAAAAAUUGCAUUUUACUCCAGUAUUCUUAUUUAAUAAAUAAAUACUUAGUAGUAA